AUGUCUGAACAACAAAACCCAUUACCACCAACUGGAGAAGAAAAGAAAGGUGAUAGUAAUGAACACAUUAAUCUGAAAGUAGUAGGAAAUGAUCAUAACGAAGUGUUUUUCAAAAUCAAGCGGACGACGCAACUUAAAAAAUUAAUGGAUGCUUAUUGCGAAAGACAAGGCAAAUCGUUAGCGUCACUCCGGUUCCUUUACGAUGGCGAACGAGUUCAAAGUCAUAAUACGCCUCAUGAGCUUGACAUGGAAGACGGAGAAGUUGACUACGAUAAAGUA